UAUAAAUAGUGAGGGCUUAGCCGGCUGUAACAAUCCGCCAUGAGACUGGACAUCGUGACAGUAUCCCCUGCUUUGGUAGCGCUAUCGCUCCUUUUGGCUGUGGGAGGACAGACCGUGUAUAGAAAAUGUGAGGGGGGACAUGGUAACAUGUAUGCAUACAACGUCACCGAUUUGGACGGGAAUCGUAAAUAUAUGUCGGAUUUUCAAGACGAGGUCGUAGUAAUUGUGAACGUAGCAACCUUCUGAGGUUUCACGUACCAGUACCGACAAAUAAAUGCACUACUAAAGAAACACGAGAACAGAUCUAUUUCUUUCGUCGGAUUUCCAUGCAACCAGUUCGCCCUCCAGGAACCCGCCGAUAAUAAGACAGAGCUUCUGAACGGACUUCAUUAUGUUCGACCCGGAAGUGGUUAUAUUCCAUUGUUUGACCUUAUGGCGAAAGUAAAUGUAAACGGGCCGCAGGAGGACCACUUCUACACUUAUUUAAAAAACUCCUGUCCCCGUCUCCCGGACAAUGCAGCAUUCAGGGUACGGCGGAGUUUCUGGGACCCAAUCCGUCCAUCAGAUGUCGUGUGGAACUUUGAGAAGUUUAUUGUAGACAAGUACGGGAUGCCAAGAUAUCGGAUACUAUCCGCUGUAGCCCCAGACGAUAUCGAGAAUAUCCUGGUAUCCAUGACAUUGGAAGAUUCGGCCAAUAACCCGACUACAGCUAGCAAUAUCGUGAAAAUUAUCGAAGAAACAUUUGAUGCAAUUGAACUUAAAUUCACUAUGGUAUAAUUUAAGGUCGCAUAUAUGAUUAAAUAUAUCGUGAAGAAGUAUACGAUAUUUGGGUGUAAAAUUUGAGAAAGUUAAGUGUUUUUGAAUCCAAAUUUAUACAAUUUAAUUUCAAUUCGAUUGUAAUGAAGCUUCUGUCAGAUUUUUCAGUAUUUUAAUUGUUUGUUUAUGAAGUUCUUCGCAAUAAUGAAAUUAAUUGAAAAUAUAUACAUGACAGAUUUUAUUUUUUUACACUGACACCUUUACAAAUCGUCUUAAUUUAGGCGUUAUAAAGGGAUUUGACAAUAUGUCGAAAGAAAUUUGAAAACCGCAAUUGUUGGCGUUAGACGAGGUGGCACUUAUAACUGAGAGACAUUAGAUUGAUGUAUAACGUGAAUUCUAACUAAACGGUUGAAGAACCCGAUUGGAUUGAAAUAUUAACUGAAUUUUAUUUGAAAGAAAGACAAGUUCUAAUCACAGCUAUUCAAUUUUUAUUAUGUAUUGUACAUUAUGGUUAAAACAAUAAGACAUUACAUGUAUAGGUACAAUGAAAAUUCCUAGUCAGGAUUCAUUUCCAGAAAAAAUCCGGAUCAUCUAAUAUGCCGAUUCAAACAAUGCAUUUUACGUUGUUAACAAAUCAAGCUUAUGACGUCAUGGUUAUAAAUUGGUAACAAGUAACCGUGACUGAACUUGUUGAAGAAAUCUUAACAAAUUUUGUGCAUUUAAUUUGUUGAAAUUUACUUUGCAAAUUCUUAAUUUUGUUUUCAAAUGAGAAUGUAUUUACUAUAUAUAUACACACAGAUGUAUUUUUGACAUUUUGCAAUAAUAUAACCAUAUGCAUUUGCCUUG